AGCUUACAGUUAUAAGCACAGUUUUGUAUUGCUCCUAUGGUGCUGUGGUUGAGGCUUUUUGAGACAGGAUCUGUAGCACAGGCUGGUUUUGAACUCAGAAAUCCUUCUGCUUCCAUCUAGCCAAGCUUUGGUAUUACAGGUACAUGCCAACAUGUUCUUUGAAUUAUUUUUGUAGGCAGUACCACUUAGUUAUCCAUCUCUUACUUUACUAGUUUGUGUCUCAUACAUCACUCUGAUUUGUAAAGACUUAGAUUUUAUGAAACGUUUUCCUCUGUACUUUAAAUUAGGCCUUAGACUUUCCAAGUUUCAGCAUUUAGUUUUCAGUGCUGUGUGCCCUGCUUUGUACCUGUAAGGCACACGGACCACUUGCUAGGGAAGGCGGUUAGUUAGUUGCUGUCUGCUUCUGCCUGCACUUCUGAGUCACACUGUAGCUAUUUCUUUGAUUUUGGAUUUGUGGUUUCUUGAACUAACUAGAGUGAUGUAAAGAUGAGUCUUGUUAGGCGUUUCCUGUCUUUUCCAAGUGUGUUUGGUGUUGUACUGUAAACAAGUUUUCUCCAGGGAAACCCUGAACAGUCUCACAUCAUCUGGGACUGGAACUGGAACUUCUGUACCUACUGAUCUUGGCUGAUUUUAUUAUUUAACUGUUGCUGUUGUGUGACUAAAAUAGCCUGUGUAUCAUCCCCACCCCCAUCUCUGAGUUUUUGGAGUAGCUCCACCCUUACUCAGGUCUCCACCCCUGUGGGUUGAACUUGUUCUUUGUUCCUUCUGGCCACUGAGUAUGUGAGUAAAUGAUCCACGUGUAUGGAUCGACAGCCAGACUGGUAUUUUAAGGCUCCUCUCUUCAGAACAGCCUAACUUUAAUGCUGCUUGGCCAAAGGUAUGGUCCUAGGGCCUGUUCAGCUACCUCCAGCCAGUUACUGCAGAGAACAGGACAUCUUGCUGUCCUGCCCAGGCAGGGAUGCCACAGAGUUGCCUGUGGCCCACGUGACGGAUCACUUUGCCAGCUGUGUGGAGGAUGGAUUUGAGGGAGACAAGACUGGAGGCAGUAGUCCAGAAGUUUUGCACCGACCCUAUGGCUGUGACACUGAAUCUCAGGCACUCAAUGAAGCCAUCAGGUGGAGCUCCAAGGAGAACUUGUUGGGAGCCACUGAGAGCGACCCUAAUCUCUUUGUCGCACUUUAUGACUUUGUGGCAAGUGGUGAUAACACACUCAGUAUCACUAAAGGUGAAAAACUGCGAGUCCUUGGUUACAACCAGAAUGGAGAGUGGAGUGAAGUUCGCUCCAAGAAUGGACAGGGUUGGGUGCCAAGUAACUACAUCACGCCAGUGAACAGCCUGGAGAAGCAUUCCUGGUACCAUGGACCUGUGUCCCGCAGUGCAGCGGAGUAUCUCCUCAGUAGCCUCAUCAAUGGCAGUUUCCUGGUUCGAGAGAGUGAGAGCAGCCCGGGGCAGCUGUCCAUCUCACUCAGGUAUGAGGGACGUGUGUACCACUACAGGAUCAAUACCACCACAGACAGCAAGGUGUACGUGACUGCUGAGAGCCGUUUUAGCACCUUGGCAGAGCUUGUUCACCACCACUCUACAGUCGCUGAUGGGCUAGUGACCACACUGCACUACCCAGCACCCAAGUGUAAUAAGCCAACCGUCUAUGGUGUGUCCCCCAUCCAUGACAAAUGGGAAAUGGAGCGAACAGAUAUUACCAUGAAGCACAAACUUGGGGGUGGUCAGUAUGGAGAGGUUUAUGUUGGCGUCUGGAAGAAAUACAGCCUUACGGUUGCUGUGAAAACACUGAAGGAAGAUACCAUGGAGGUAGAAGAGUUCCUGAAAGAAGCUGCCGUGAUGAAGGAAAUCAAGCAUCCUAAUCUAGUACAACUGUUAGGUGUGUGUACCCUGGAGCCGCCAUUCUACAUUGUGACUGAAUACAUGCCAUAUGGGAAUCUGCUUGAUUAUCUCCGGGAAUGCAACCGUGAGGAGGUGACAGCAGUUGUUCUACUUUACAUGGCGACUCAGAUCUCUUCUGCCAUGGAGUAUUUGGAGAAGAAGAAUUUCAUCCAUAGAGAUCUUGCUGCGCGGAACUGCCUAGUGGGAGAAAACCAUGUAGUAAAAGUGGCCGACUUUGGUUUAAGUAGACUGAUGACUGGAGACACCUACACUGCUCAUGCUGGAGCCAAAUUUCCUAUUAAAUGGACAGCGCCUGAGAGUCUGGCCUACAAUACCUUUUCAAUUAAGUCUGACGUCUGGGCUUUUGGAGUACUGUUGUGGGAAAUUGCUACAUAUGGGAUGUCGCCAUAUCCAGGUAUUGACCUGUCUCAAGUCUAUGACCUACUGGAAAAAGGAUAUCGAAUGGAACAGCCUGAGGGAUGCCCCCCUAAAGUGUAUGAACUUAUGAGAGCAUGCUGGAAGUGGAGCCCCGCUGACAGGCCCUCUUUUGCUGAAACCCAUCAAGCUUUUGAAACCAUGUUUCAUGACUCCAGCAUCUCUGAAGAGGUAGCUGAGGAGCUUGGGAGAGCUGCUUCCUCAUCAUCUGUGGUCCCAUACCUGCCUCGAUUACCUCUGCUUCCUUCCAAGACUCGGACCCUGAGGAAGCAGGGGGACAACAAAGAGAACGUAGAUGGCAGCCUGGAUGCCCCCGAGAGCCUGGCCUCCAGUUCAGCACCAGCAGGCUUCAUUAGAAGUGCACAGGCUUCCAGUGGGUCCCCAGCUCUGCCUCGAAAGCAAAGAGAUAAGUCACCUAGCAGCCUCUUAGAAGAUGCCAAAGAGACAUGCUUCACCAGGGAUAGGAAGGGAGGCUUCUUCAGCUCCUUCAUGAAAAAGAGAAAUGCCCCCACGCCCCCUAAGCGCAGCAGUUCCUUUCGAGAAAUGGAGAACCAGCCCCACAAGAAAUAUGAACUCACGGGUAACUUCUCAUCUGUUGCUUCUCUACAGCAUGCUGAUGGGUUCUCUUUCGCUCCCGGCCAGCAAGAGUCGAAUCUGGUGCCAGCCAAGUGCUAUGGGGGGAGCUUUGCACAGAGGAACCUCUGUAAUGAUGACAGUGGUGGGGGUGGGGGCAGUGGCACUGCUGGGGGUGGGUGGUCUGGCAUCACAGGCUUCUUUACACCUCGCUUAAUCAAAAAGACACUGGGCUUACGAGCAGGUAAACCCACAGCCAGUGAUGACACUUCCAAGCCUUUUCCAAGGUCAAACUCUACAUCUUCCAUGUCCUCAGGGCUUCCAGAGCAGGAUAGGAUGGCAAUGACCCUUCCCAGGAACUGCCAGAGGUCCAAACUCCAGCUGGAAAGGACAGUGUCCACCUCUUCUCAACCAGAAGAGAAUGUGGACAGGGCUAAUGACAUGCUUGCAAAAAAAUCUGAGGAAGGUGCUGCUCCAGCCAGGGAGAGACCAAAAGCCAAACUAUUGCCCAGAGGAGCCACAGCUCUUCCCCUGAGAGCCCCUGAUCCAGCCAUCACAGAGAGUGACUCUCCAGGGGUAGGGGUGGCUGGAGUGGCAGCUGCCCCCAAAGGCAAGGAAAGGAAUGGUGGGAUGCGACUUGGAGUCGCUGGAGUCCCAGAGGAUGGAGAACAGCCAGGCUGGUCCUCUCCAGCCAAGGCUGUGGCUGUCCUCCCCACCACCCACAACCACAGAGUGCCAGUCCUUAUCUCGCCCACGCUGAAACCCACUCCAGCUGACGUGCAGCUCAUUGGCACAGACUCUCAGGGGAAUAAAUUCAAGCUCUUAUCUGAGCAUCAGGUCACAUCGUCUGGAGACAAGGACCGACCCCGACGGGUAAAACCAAAGUGUGCCCCACCCCCACCACCAGUGAUGAGACUACUGCAGCAUCCAUCCACAUGCUCAGACCCCGAGGAAGAGCCGACUGCCCCACCUGCAGGACAGCCCACUCCAGAAACCCAGGAGGCAGGAAAAAAGGCAGCUCCAGGGCCAGUGCCCAGUAGUGGGAAACCUGGGAGGCCAGCAAUGCCUCCACCUCAAGUGCCUUUGCCCACAUCGUCCAUCUCGCCAGCCAAAAUGGCCAAUGGCACACCAGGUACUAAGGUGGCCCUGAGGAAAACCAAACAGGCAGCUGAGAAAAUCUCAGCUGACAAAAUCAGCAAAGAGGCCCUGCUGGAGUGUGCUGACCUACUGUCCAGUGCAAUCACGGAACCUGUGCCCAAUAGCCAACUGGUAGACACUGGGCACCAGCUGCUUGACUACUGCUCAGGGUACGUGGACUGCAUCCCUCAGACUCGAAACAAAUUUGCCUUCCGAGAGGCUGUGAGCAAACUGGAACUUAGCCUACAGGAGCUGCAGGUGUCUUCCACAGCUGCUGGUGUGCCUGGGACAAACCCUGUCCUUAAUAACUUAUUGUCAUGUGUCCAGGAAAUUAGUGAUGUGGUGCAGAGGUAGCCAUUGUCAGUCGAGUGGGAAAUGCUCACAUAUCUGAGGGGAGAGGGAAAAGGACUCGUUUUCCUGUGUUCUUGUUUUUUAAAAAGUGAAAGACUGAUACUUGAGUGCGUUCAUGUGAAGUACCUCAGAUUCCUGAAUUCUCACGUUUACAGGUUCAUCUCAAAAUAGCAAAAAGGAAAUCCCAUAAGUAGAUAGGUCAUUUUGGUGGAACAGGGCAGUGUGGACCGAGUUGGAACUUCACUGGAAAGUAAGGGAGCGUCGUGUAUAGAUCAUAGAAGAGUCAGUUGUUCUGCACCAUGUAGGGCCUUGACCUAAGGGCCUCGAGGGGACUGGGUUGCAGUUCACCCUGCAAAUUGAAGGGGCAGGAGAAAGCAAAGUGACAGAUGAAGCAGAUGUUUUACUCAAGGCUACCGGAAGUGACUGUGGGUCAUUGCUACUGUAGCAAGAAUUGCAAAUUAGAUUGCUAGACUACUCAGCUAGGAAACAUGGCCCAUUCUGUCUGCUUUUGUCCUGUUUGCCUUAGGUAUAUUAGUCGACGCAGGAAAUAGAGAAUUCGAGGGACAUUACGAUGACUAGCAGUCACCUCUCCCACGCUUCUAGCGUGUGACUUCCUAAUAGCCAGUAUCCACUCACUGCUUCUUGGUGACUAUCUGGAAACCUUGGGCACAUGGGGGCUUCUUAGUGGUUCUUCUCUGUCCUUUGCCGGGCAGGCUGUCUUCCUUUAUUUCUAGCAUCAUUCAGGGCAUUACCCAGCAUCGAUGUUGAAAAUGGUGGUCACUGUAUGUUCUCAUAGGAGAGACCUUCUAUGCCCAAAUACUGACAAAAUGGCCACUUGAGCAGCUAUGUAUUUUUUUUUAAAUUAAAAAUCCAAGGAGAUACAGUACCUUUUGAAACUUGCUGGGCCCAGAAGCCUCAGACUGAGAAGAGAAGCUUGCUUGAUCCAUGGCUACUUGUACCUUUCCCUACCUUAAUACCCCACGCCAAUCCGGGUGGACAGUGGAGAAGACUAAGGGCUUGCCUCCAUGGUAUUGUCAUGUUCUUUUUCUCUGCUCACAUAACACCACUCCAUUGUCGAAUGUGGUGGAGUUUGUGUUUGUCCUUUCACCUCUAUUUUAAGAGUGUGUUAUAGAAGAAGUGGGUUAUUUUCAGGGAGCACCAGUUAGACUCAGAAAGCUAAGGGUUUAACCUGCAAAUAGGUUUUGCCUUUGAAAAAUAGGCAUUUCUCUUCCCUAAUUACAGUUAUGGAAGCUAAUGGGGUAACAUGGAAUAGAAGCUUAGAAGGCUACAUGUUGUUGGUUUUGGUGCUGGGUCUAAUUCCAGUUUGGUUUUUUGUCUUUUGUUGUUGUUUUUGUUUUAACUUUGUGAACACUCCUUUCAUUCCCCAAAGAGAACCCAAUACAAAAUACCUUGACUUUUUUGUUCUUCCAAGAGUAUUAAUGUAGGAAGAUGGGAAUCCAGCACUGAGCAGUGUUUUCUUCCUGUCAUCGAUUUGCUGUCAAGUUGCCGCCCCAUCUUUUGAUCUAUUAAUUGAAGGCAACAGCCCACAUUCUCAAGAGUGUUUUACAGACUAAUAUGCAGCUCCCUUUGAGAGCCUCUCUGGAGGGCUCUUUACUUAGUGUUGGUACAUUGGGUCGCUUUUCAUUCUCUCUGUAUCACAAAUAGGAAACUUUUGAACUGCUGUGCAUGCUUACAGUAAUCGGGCCAGAACCUAAGGGGAAACUAUUUCAGUUUACAUGGGGCAUCCUUGACCGAGGAAGGCAUCUAGUUUUAUUAGAAAGAAAGGAAAUGUGGAUACUUAUCCCUGCUGCUCCAGAGAAGGCUCAGGGGAAGAGGAGGUGUGGAGUGGAGGAGACAGCUCCUUUUCCUCCAUUGUUAGUGUGUCCUCACAGCUGCAGUCUGGGCAGCUAGGGGUCAGGUCAGUGUCCUUGUAGUAGUUGGAAGAGAAUUUUCCCACCUUGUCCACCACUCCCCGCCAUUGUAUGCACCUAUAAACUUGAACCUAUUUUAGCAGUUCGGCUGUCUUGUAUAGGUGGGAAGGAUAAAGCUAAGGUUUGAGGCCAUUAUUAAUGCUGCUUUUGAAAUUUAUCCCUGCCAUAUUAGGGUGUUGUAAGAGAUGGUUGUUGUUUUCAGGUUUGGGUCUUGUUUUGUUUGUUUGUUUGUUCGUUCGUUUUUCCUUCAGAGUUCUGAAGACAGGCUUGGAGAAACACUACUGAGUAUCUCAGCUCCCUGCUUUUCUCAGUCUGAGGGGCUGAGACAAGGCUAAGUCUCACCGAGGGCAGCACAAAUUCUGUCCUGCUCAAAGUGGGUUGUCACUAAGUCCAUGGGUUGAACUCACCUUUUCCUCAACACUGCCGUGAGAAGCACAACUGUUGUACUACGCUCCACACGAUGCAUGAACUGCAUAGUGCUUUCAGGGAUCAAGGCCUCAGGUCUUGUGGCACUGUCAACUUGCUAUGAAAGAAUUACUUGGGUUUUUAAUUUUUUUUUUAUCUACCUGCAAGGGACCAGUUUAAAAGAAAAAUCAGCAAACUGAAAGAUUGGAAUCUAAAGCAGAGGCAACUGCUCUUAGAAACUAAAAUGUAACUUAACUUUCUGUGGCAGCCCCAAGUCUUCAUCUGUGCGUAUCUUGCCACAGCACCGUUACUUUUAGUACACUCGUCUCGUGGGUUCAGUUGGAUUCCCCACCUUCAAAUGCUGUGUUCUGUAUUGAAUAUAUCCCAAUUAUGCUUUAAGGAAGCUUUUUUUUAAGCUUUGGCUAUAAUUAUAUUUCACAUUUUCAGGUGAUUUCUAUCAUGAUGUUCAGAGAGAGAGAGAAAGAGAUAACUUAAAAUGGGCCCUUCAAAGGAUGUGUUUUGUAGUGAAUUGAACUGAAUUGGGCAUGGCACACCAAGCUGUGAUCUGUGACGUGAGAAGCUGAUUAGGUCAUUUUCAGGAUGACCUCUUUAUAAGGUUGUCAUCAUGGUCGUCAUAGUGGAGAUGAGUUUCCGGCAGCAUUUUAACCUUUCAGUUGACAGUUGACUCUUAAAAGUGUUUCUUGUUUUAAUGAAGCGCUUAGGGGAUGCAGCAGUGCCAAUAGUAUGAGGCGAUACUUAUAGAACAGGUAGCUAGGUGCCUGGUGCACACUGAGCACUCCACGAAUGUUAACUGCUAGUGUUCACUCCUAACCAGGAGCACACAGUAGUCCUCCAGGGAAACCUAGGGAAAUGGCUGAAUUGGCCCCACUCUAUAUUGGAAUUCCAAGUGGAGUAAGAGAGUAACUAGUGUGUUUCCCAAGGACUUCUCCAGGUUUCAAAUGCUCUCCAUCAUAUGAACAGAACACUUUGUGUCCUUUUAUGUACAAAAGAAACUGGAGAGGAUGGUUGUCGCUAGUCCAUUAUCUUGGAGCAGUUAGUGGCAGAGCUGAGGCUAGAAUUCAGGAAUCCUGACAUUGUGGCAUUUCUCCACACCUGCUGCCUUGUGAGAUGUUCAGCUAGACAAUCAGUAUACAUGGUGUUGCACACUUCUAGCACAGGCUUUGGAGGGCCCUGGCCAGGAAGGGCUUGGAUAUUCAGUAACAGUGUAGCCAAACAAGCCUUUAGUAGAACUCUGUUACAAAGCCAGCAUAGCCGCUGUUCUUCUAGACCUCAGCCACACAGGAAUCUGCACUUUGUAGUUAAAAAUACCAACUUGAGUUGUUUGAAAACAAAAAAAAAAAAAAAAGAAGGGGGAGAAAACAGCUCUACAUUCCUUUUUGUUCAAAAAGAAAUCUGUUGUUCAGUGUCAUUUUAAUGACUGGGAGAAUGGGAAAGCACCUUGAGAAAUAAAUGAAAAUCAACUA